UAAGCUUGAUGUUAUGACGGAAGUUCUAGUAGCAGUACUGGAUCGCACUAAAACCAGUAAUCAGAGUGCAAUGCAUAUUAUUUCUGCUGUCAUUACUAGUCUUGGAUUAGAUAUUGAUAAUUAUAAUAUCAGUUACACGACUAUUCGCAAUGCCCGAUUAAAAUUCAGAAAAACAGUUGCUGGGAAUUUGAAAGACGGGAUAGAGGAAACUGCACAAAAUCUCAUCGUACACUGGGACGAUGAAUCUACUGGAGCUAAUGAAGCUGAAGUUAUUUUUGAAGCGUUAAAUGAGUGGAAUAUUACUGACAAUAUAGUAGGGAUAUGCUUUGACACUACUAGUGUAAAUACUGGUGAUAAAAGCGGUGCGUGUAUUCUAUUAGAAAAAAAAUUAAAUAAAGAGUUAUUGUAUUUGGCUUGCAGACACCAUAUUUUUGAAAUAAUGUUGAAAAAUGCAGCAGCAGUAGCGUGGCUAAGUACUAAUGGUCCUAAUGUAACGAUUUUUGUCAGAUUUAAAAGUAAUUGGGAAAAAAUAGACAAGUUAAAAUAUGACAUCGGUACAGAAGAUGUUAUAAUUAAAGAUAUCCCGGACCAAAAAAAAAAAUACUCUACUACCCUUCAUCGAAGAUCCUCUACAGAAUCGAACUUUAAGAGAUGACUAUCAUGAACUUUUGACGUUGAGCUACAUUUUUUUGGGAG